AUGGCUCAAAGUGACAAGAACAGUCAUGAAGAAACAAAAGACACAUUCUAUGAACAGCUGGAACACACAUAUGAUUCCAUACCAAGAUACUACACCAAAAUUAUAGUAGGAGACCUCAAUGCUCGAGUUGGUCGAGAAGAGGAAUAUAAACAAACGGCCGGGAGUUAUAGCCUCCACGAGAACAGUAAUAACAACGGUGUCAGGCUAAUAAACUUUGCUAUAGGUAAGGGUAUGGUGAUCAGUAGCACAAGACUACCAAAAAAAGAUAUAUAUAAACAUACGUGGACCUCACCAGGUGGUAGAUUCAAUAGCCAAAUCGACCACGUAGUAAUAGAUAAAAGACACAAAUCAUCUAUUACUAAUGUGAGAAGCUAUAGGGGCGCAGACGCUGACACAGAUCAUUAUUUAGUAAUAUCAGAUUUCAAAGUUAAAUUAUCAGCAAGAUGGAGCAAUGCUAAACCAAAAGGAAUAGAAAAAAUUGAUGUUGAUAGACUAAAAAAUGAAGAAACACGCAAAAGGUACGAAGAAAAAAUAGACAACAAACAGCAAUAA